AUGGUGAUUUCAUCCGAAGAGGCUAUUGCUAAAGGAAUUCGACGAAUAGUAGCACUGUCAGGACCAGAAGCCGAAAGAGCAUUACAUCGAGGUCAACGCAGACCCCUCACUACCUUACUGGAGAAAAAGGAUGAGAUCCGCGAGCAAGGAAAGGCUGCGCAGAGAACUUUAGAUGGUUAUAAGAAGCAGGCUGAUGCAGCCAUUGCUGAGAAGGCGCUAGACAAUGCCUUGAAACAACUAAAGAGUACCAAAGCCGUUAUGGGAUUUUCUGUCAAUGAAGACAGUGGAAAAGUCCUUGUACUAGCCAAAUCUCUUGUCGAUGGAGGCUUGAAGGCGAAUCUCUGGGUGAACGAGGUGUGCACGGUUCUUGGCGGUCGUGGUGGUGGAAAAAGACGCGUAAUGUCAGGCAACCUGUGA